AUGCUUGUCCGAGGGGAGGACAGCGUUUGGCAGCGCGAGCUGCGGGAGGCUGGGGCCCAAUGGCAGGAGCAGCUGCGAGUCUGGCAAUGGCACGGGGAGCGUGCCUGCGACUUGCGGUAUGAGGUGAACACUGCGACUUGGAAAGGCCCCAUUCUGGAGCUUUAUGACGUUGUCCUCACCAGCUACGAGAGCUUCCUGGCCAAUCAUGAGAAGUUCCUCCAGGAGAGCUGGACUUGUGUGGUGCUUGACGAGGCACAGACCAUCAAGAACCACAACUCGCAGACAGCCAACGCAGUAAAGCGCUUGGCGCAGGCGCCCUUUCGACUGGCGCUCACGGGCUCGCCCAUCGAGAACUCCUUGGAUGACAUGCACUCCAUCCUCCAGUUCGUUGAGCCCAGCUGCUGCGGGAGCCUACAGGACUUCCGCCAGCGCUUCGCGGGCACCGAGGAAGGCAGAGCGCUGCUGCAAAAACUGUUGCAUUCGGUGAUGCUGCGCCGCGACAGUGGCGAGGCGGUGCAGAUGGUGGCCCGGGAAGAGGUCGAGGUGCAAGUGGUCAUGGCGCCAGACCAAACCAACAUCUACCAGGUUCUGCAGCAAGAGCUCUCCUCCCCGGAGAUCUCCAUCCACAAGCAGCUGCGGGAUAUGGAGCUGCUGUGCACGCAUCCCUGGUGCUACCUACAGCGGCCAACUGGUGAGGACUUGCACGACGAUGCUCUGACCCGCCGGGGCGUGCGACGCAGCAAGUUGCAGUUGCCAGAGCGGUUCUAUGGUGAGGCACAUGAGCAAGACAUCAAGGACAGUGGCAAGUUGACGGAGCUCUUUGCCAUCCUGCGUGGCAUCAUUGCGCGAAGGGACAAGGUCCUGGUCUUCGUGUGCCGAACCGCGACCAGCGAGCUCUUGGCAGCGCUGGUGGAGCGGGAGUUCGGCGUGCGGCCUGGGAUCUUGCGGGGCGAUACCCCGCACGGAGAGCGGGAGCGCAUCAUCAGCAACUUCAAAGCCGAUCCCAUCCCCGGGGAGCCGCAGAGUCAGGUCCUUCUGCUCUCUGUCUGGGUAGGCGCAGUGGGCCUGAACUUGCCGGAGGCUCGUUGGGUGGUGCACCUGGAGCGGGUCUGGAACCCCGCCUUGGAGCGCCAGGCCACCAGCCGGGUCCACCGCCUGACUUCGCGGUUCCCGGUGAAGGCGUAUUGCCUCUAUACCAAGGACACCGUGGAGGCUCGCAAGUGCGAGGUGCUUUCGUGGAAGCACCAACUCUCCACCAACGUCAUGGAAGCCUUGGAUGCGGACGUUGACGCAGGCGAAGACUUCAAGGCCAACGGAGAAGAGCUCCGAAAGCUGAUUUGCAGCGAGACCGACGCGGCUGAAAUGGGCUUGGAUCCAGAUGAGUUGGAGGAGCUGGCCGGUGAGGGCGGGGAGGUCGACCCCGAGUCAGAUGAGGAGCCUGGUACCAAGCGCCGCUGCGUAGGCGCGGGCCCGGAAGACCAGCCGCUGUACCCCAAGGUGGACAGGCUCCCUCCGCACUUCAAGAAGCUCUGGGUCGGCAAGUAUGGUGAUCCUACCGAUGCCGAGCUCUGGGACUGGUACACCGUGAAAGGGCACCGGGAGGUGCAUGUGAAGGCGCCUUCCUUCACCACGGGCGCGUUGAAAAGCUCCAAGCGUGUCUGCAAGAACUCGUCCAUGCCAUUCACCAGCCGCCCCUGCCGCAUCCGGGACGUGAAAGAGCGGAAGGACCGAGUUGUGCCAGUGACCCUGGCAGAGGGAGUGUCCUGCCGCCUCUUCAUCCCUGAGCACCUUUCGGUCUUCUUUGAGGAGCAGGGCGGCCUUCGGAAGCAGUCGCCCACACCACGGGAGGUGCCCUUCACGAUCCUGACCCCGUCCUUCGGGCGCUCGGCGGUGGACGACGCCGUGGGCCUGCUGGAUCUCUCAGGGGGCAUGGUGGACGCUGAGCUACAGCCUUUGGACUACCUCCACAUCGUGGCAGUGAAGCCUUCGGAAGUGGAGAAGUACCGCAUGAGUGCACCGUUCUUCGUGGUGAUGGAGCUGCCAACAGUGGUGACCGUCCAGCAUCCGCAGUACGGGGGCUUGCGCCCGGAGGAGCUGGGUGUCGGAUGCGCGCGGCACUGGCUGGUCAGGCUGGCUGCAGCGCUGAAGCUGGACUACGCAUUCUUCUUGGACGACUCGGUGAGGGCUUGGCGUGGGGUGACACUGGUGGAGGAUCCGCUGUGCCCCUUCGGCCUGACACCUGGGCCGAAGGCGCGGUUCAACCCCGUGCCGCUCGCCAGCGUCUUGCAGUACUUGGCAGAGCCGGGCUUCCUCCAAGAGGAGAUGCCCAAGUUGGCUGCCUUUGGCUUCGCCAGGCUCGCGCCAGAGCUGAUGAGCGUGCGCCGCGCCUUCAGCCGGGCACAGGUUUACUCAGGCUUCCUGCUGAACAUAUCCAAGGUGGAGGAGGACAAAGUGAACUACAAGCAGGAGCUCUUCGUAUGGGAGGAUCUCGUCUUCAACUUCCAAGCCUUUGAGGUUGUGAGGAGCAACCGCUUCGCCAUGAUGAAGCAGCCCUUCUCCACCGGGGGCUGCUCCGCGCAGGUGGCGCGCAGCGCCAACCCCCACGUGCGCGCGAGGAUGCUGAACAAGCUGACGGGCGAGGAGAUUGUGGCUGAUAUUUUGGGGGAGGUGCCGCAGGCGCCCAAAGAUGCAGGCAACAAGAAGCGGCGGCGCGGGAGGCCGAACAAGCAGGAGCAAGAGGCGAAGCUGGCUUUGGAGCCGGUGACAAUCGACCCCUUCCUGCUGGAGGAGGACCCCUCCUUGAAAGUGGAGGGCGCCGUCGUGGACGACUUUGGGGUCUUGGUGACCUCCUACUACAAGCGUUUCAUCCAGGCCUUCAAAGAUGCCGAGAAGGCUCGGGCUGACGUGGCCGCGCCCACCGGCCUUAAGAGACCAGGCGUUCGGGCGGGCGAGGCGGUGCCGGAACACAUUCGCUUCUGGGACGACUCCCUGGGCCGGCGCAAAGGCGUGGUGCACUCCAAGGAGUCCUGGGGCGCCGGCUACAUUGCCAAGCCUGUGAAGCAGGACGACUUGAAGAGGGGCGGCUCGAAAUGGUUCAACGUCAAGACCUGGGGUAGCUGGAGGAUGGCCUUUGUGCUGGCACGGCUCCAGCAACAGGUCUAUCAGAAGCGCUUCGACGAUGAACACCCCGAGGGUUUGCCAGAUGCGGAGCAACUGGCGACUCCGGAGGCAAAGUCCAAGAAGAAAGGCGAGAAGACCGAGGAUCAGUCGGGCAAGAAGCGCCGGGGGCGGCCCCGCGCAGAUGAGGCGCGAUUGGAAGUCCGGCUUUCAGCUCGCAACUGA